AUGCCCUUCAAAUUCAAAUACCUUGUUCAACUUCUCCAGGACCUUGAUACGGCCCGGAGAGACUCAAACCAUGUGAACUUGCUGCGCCAGCUCAAGCGGGUUACGCCGAAGCUGGGUCAGCCCAGCCAGAUCAUCCGAGAAUGGUUCAAGCGACACGAAGCCGACAUCGUCCGCAAUGGGCCAUCCGGGGUUGCCUUGCUUUCAAGCCUGCUCCUGCAUCGGUCGCCCCACCGAAUCUACGCUUUGCAGGAGAAAAGGCUUGCCAGUAUCAUGUGCAAGGUGCUCGGACUUCCCGAAGACCGCGGUCGUGGGCUGCAACUGCACCAAUGGCAGAAAGCAACCAUGGACUUUGCGACUUGUGUCGAACAAGUUGUGGCUGACGCCGGCUUUGACCGCCCUGACCCCGGUCACGAAGUGACCCUUGAGGAAAUCGACCACGCAAUGGACCGGUUAGCAGAACGCUCAAGCUUCGAGGAGAAGGCCAGCCUUCUCAAGCGCAUAUUCUGGCGGCUGCAUAGCAGCGAGGCCAAAUGGCUCGUGCGGAUGAUUCUGAAGACCUACAAUCCUGUCGAGAUCCCCGACCAUGUGGUCCUGAGCUGUUUUCACUUCCUAUUGCCGCAAAUCAUCCACUUUCGGAAUUCCCUUGCAGACGCUAUCGAGGUCCUCCAGACGCCGGAACUUUCAUCAAUUCCCCAUGACCCACCUGAGCACCUGCGACGCCAAUACCGUCAGGAAUGCGCCAGGCACGUCAGACCUAGACUUGGCAUUCCAUUGCAGCGUCAGGAAUUUGUGCAGGCCAGAGGCAUCGGAAGCUGCAGUAGGACUGCCAACCAGAGAACCAUGAGCGUCGAGCGCAAAUACGAUGGCUGGUACGUUCAAGUUCACAUCGACGUCUCGAAGGACACGGACCGGAUACAGAUCUUCUCCAAGCGCAGCAAGGAUCUCACUCGCGCUACCUGGCGUCUACAUGAUGCUAUCCAGGCAGGAUUGCGCCUUGGACAGCCGGACUGCCCCAUAACUCGGGGCUGCAUCCUUGAGGGUGAAAUGCUGGUCUGGAGCCGCAACGAACAAGCUAUCCAGCCGUUCUGCAAGAUUCGAAAGUACGUCGACAUUAAUGGCAGGACUAUUGGCACAGCGACUGACUCGCCCAAAUCAACCGACGAGCAACUGAUGGUAGUCUUCUUCGACUGCUUGUUGCACGAUGACUGGGAUCUGGCUUUCGAACCUCAUCGUGUGCGAAGACAGCAAUUACAGGGUAUCGUUACGCCCGUAGACGGCCUAGCUCAACUUGGAGACCGUCGUGUGAUCAACUUCGGCCCUCCGAGUGGGAAGAAGCAACUGCUCGAGUAUUUCGCUGAUGCAGUUAAUGAGAGAUGGGAAGGUCUCGUUCUGAAGGGAUGUGAAGACUCUUAUUUCUCGACAGGUUGGCACGACAGUGCAAUCAAAUUGAAGAAGGAUUAUAUCAAGGGAUGCGGCGACCAUGCCGACCUUUGCAUUAUCGGUGGGCGCAAAGAUGCAGCAGACGCGGAAAGACUUGCUCGCUCGUUUCGGUGGACAACAGUGCAUUUGGCCUGUCUGAAGAACAAGGAGGAUGUCAUGAGAUACCGGGCAAAACCAGUUUAUCUGGUCCUCGCUGAGGUGACGCGCCCUUGUAUCCCAGAGGAAAUGCUCCUCGAUCUGAACCGGAGAGGUAUAGGUCGAUGGGUGCCGUUUGCCUAUGAGUCGAAGCGUCUGGACGUCGAGAUCGACCAGCCAGAGCUGCGACGCAACCCUCCGACCGAACUAUUCCAGGAGCCAUUCGUCGUUGAGGCCAUGGGAGCAGGCUUCGACAAGCCGCAGGAUGCCUCGUACUUGACUCUGCGCUUCCCGCGUGUCGACAAGAUGCAUUUCGAUCGCGGUGUGACCGACACCCACUCUUUUAAUGAGUUGCAGGAAUUGGCAAGGAAGAGCUUCGAACCCCCAAGCGCAGAAGAACAAGAAGAGAUGGAGUGGUACAAACGGUUGAUUCAUGCCGAACCGAAGAAGAACCAGCAGGUCUACCUCCAAUCUCAGUCUCAAAAUACGUCAACAUUCUCAAGCGCAUCGCUUUUCAAUGCUGGAGCAUGCCCGCCUACUCCAUCAGCCAUGGAGAGCCUUGUAUCUCCCGUGGUCCUCAGUCCACAAGCGAAGCUGAAGAACCUUGUAUACGAGGAACCCUCAUCCCAACCAGCACAGAGUCCAUUGUCGUCAUCAAACCCCAGUACCAAACGAAGCGAGAAGGCACUGCUCUAUACCAUGGCCGUCGGACCUGUCAAGCAUCCGACGUCUCCACCGCCUCUCAACAAGCAAGUUGCUGACGGAUCUCCAGUGGAUUCGACGACCAGCGCGUCCAUGCCAUCCCCUUCUCUUGGGACCUCUAGGAGCGGCAACAGACCAAUAGUCUCGUCCGUCACUCCGCCACAACUUCGCCGAGCGCACACAGAUGGUGCCUCAAAAGGGGUUAAGCGCAAGCUGGCACGAUCAAACACCUCACCAGCCGCCACCAAGCGAGCAAGGCAGGACCCGUCCCAGCAACCGCUUAAAUCCCCGCGGUCGACCGUGACAGGAACCUCACCUCGACUUCUAAUCAAGGCACCCUCCCUAAAGCGCCCUGCGUCCGUCCUCAGCAAGCCACGCCAACCACUCCUAGAACUCGAGAACGUGUCGCCAACGCAUGGCCUGAACAAGACGGUCACCUUCACCUCCCCAAGAAAACCCCUCUCGCCCCGUAACAACGCCAACGCCAAAGAGCACAACGCAGCCAGAACCAUCGGGAACACAACCACAGCAGCAGCAAUCACGUCAGGAAGUCGAAGUCAAGCUUCCCAACCGCCGUCCCCGCAACGGCGAUUCCCCCUCGACAAAACCAUCUGCAAGACCCUCUGGCCCGACUCGCCCGCGUACAUCGACUCCCCGGAGGACCCGCACCACAUCUACAUGGUGCUAGUGGCCUCCGGGUCGACACUCUCUCCAACCCUGAUCCACGAGCUGCGGAGACAAGUCUUCCAGGCCUACCGAAUAUAUUGGAGUAGGAAGCGGAGCAAGAGGACAGGGGGUGUGGGUAUGCUUGAUGAAGGCGGUCAACAACACACCGAUGGAUCUGGGGAGAUCCAAGGAGAUACAGAUAGCGGUGGAGGCCGCUCCAGCAGCGAACGUCCUGCCAUAAAAGCCCAACGCCGACUCAUCCUCUUCUAUGAGGACGGUAUCGCGGAGUACCUUGGCGGGAACGCGUCAUUGGGGACACUCACAUGCACUGAUGCAGGUAAAGAGGCAACGACCGAGACAACCGCCGGCACAGACACAACCUCAAACACAAGCGCCACCACCCCAUCACGCACAAUCGACCUCCACUCCAUCCUGCCCGCGGCAGACAUGAAACGGUUCUUCAUCCGAGCCUUGGAACUCACGACGCGGGACGAUAAAGAGGAGGUGCCGAGGUCGAGGGACAUUACGGGCUGGAAGGAAGCGAUGGAGAUGAUACGCGAUAUGCCCGGGGGGAUGACGUACUUUGAUUGA